AUGGCGAAACCAAAGUCGACGCCUUCGAAGCCGGCUGCUGACAAGAUUCAGCCUGCCGCCUCGACUCCAGCAGCCAGGGGAGCUGUCCGCAGGCCGGCAGCUGUCGUCGCGAGGAAGUCGUCCCUGCCAGAGCUCUUCUUUGCUGGCGCUAUGGGAGCAGCCGUGAUAGCCCUGGCUGGAGCGUAUUCUUAUGCAUCUCAGUUGACGCUUGCUCCUAUCUACGGCUCGGCUCCUGCUGGAAAAUACCACAAUGCCCUCACUUUGAUCGCAGGAGGCGUGGGGUCUCUGGCUCACUCUAUGGUCCAGAAAUAUGCCAACCCCAUGGUCACUCUUCCAAUUCUCACAUUCUACAUCCCUACCAUCCAGUUCUUCUUGUUCAAGUUCAGUUAUACCCUCGGACCGGUUCUGGGGCCUAUCAUUACGGAAACACUCACCUUUGCGCCUCUGGUUGCCUUGUCGGUUGUUGUCCCCGGGAUUUUUAUUCAGAAGCUGAAUCUGAGUCCGAGAUUGAAGCAGGGCAUGGAACAAGGAAAUAUCAUAGCUGCAUACGCUCUUUUCAACGCUACCAAGACCAAGCUUGAACAAAAUAUGCCCUACUAUCUCGGAACAAGCCUUGCAUUGACCAGCAUUGGCCUUCAAUUCAUCAUUGCUGCUGCCCAGGCCAUCCUCUUACCGUCCAGGUGGAUUAUGCUCACCAUUCCUUCACUCUUAUUCACGGCUAUGUUCAACCACCAUGUCCCAUUACCUUACAACACGGGUUUACUCAAUGCUUCUCUUAAGGCGGACAAUUAUACACUACUUCACCGACAGGAGUCCUUAACUGGAUACUUGUCUGUGCUGGAGAACACGGAUGCCAAGUUCAGGGUGAUGAGAUGCGGUCACAGUCUUUUGGGUGGAGAAUGGCUUCCACACCUAAUGACCAAGGAUGCUAAAGUAGCUGAUCCGGUUUUCACUGUCUUUACUGCGCUUGAGGCUGUCAGGCUUGUCAAGAAGGACUCUCAUAAACCAGAGAAGGCUGACUCGAAGAAGAGCGCGCUAGUCAUUGGAUUGGGUAUUGGAACAACUCCUUCGGCCUUUGCAGCGCAUGGAAUCAACACUACUGUUGUGGAAAUUGAUCCAAAUGUGCACCAGAUUGCUAUGGAUUACUUCGAGUUCCCCAAGAAAGUAAACACGUUGAUUGAAAAUGCAGCCGUGUUUGUCCAUCGUGCCAGGCAUGAAACCCCAGUUCAAAAAUACGACUAUAUCGUCCAUGAUGUUUUCACUGGAGGUGUGGAGCCAUUGGACCUCUUUACUCAAGAUUUCAUGGAAGGGCUUGACACCCUGUUGGAUGACGAGGGUGUCAUUGCUAUCAACUAUGCCGGUGAUAUUGCCCUGCCGCUUGCUGGCCUGGUGGUUCGGGCUAUCACAUCCACCUUCCCGUCAUGCAGAAUAUUCCGUGACAACAAACCACUACCUGGUUCAUCAUCUAGAAGAGACCUGACUAACAUGACCAUUUUCUGCAAGAAAACACCUGGGACCAUCAAAUUCAGGAUCCCCCAGCCCGAGGACUACCUCGGAACGUACUCACGAAAGGAAAACUUGAUUCCGCGCCUCGAAUUCAGCCCUGGCUCGUUCGCAAGGGACGCUGAGGGUAGGGAAGAUGCGUUGGGACCAAGCGUGCCAAAGGAGCUUGAAUAUUGGCAGUUCCAGGGUGCCAUUGGCCAUUGGCAUGUUAUGCGCGGUGUUCUUCCGGAUACGGUCUGGGAGAAGUGGUGA